GUUACAUUUCCCACUCGGUCUCUCGUCCCCUGUGAUUUAAAAACUUUAGUCAACUUUCCCACUCUGAAACGGAGAUUCAGAGUCGCCGGAGCAGGUUUCCGAGGCGGCGUUUACCAGUGUGAAUGUUGAUUAAGAAUUUGAGAUCAAAGAAGCCCAGCUCUAAAUGCUUAUUUGAAUGGGUAUUUCUUCCUGAGAACUGAGAACCCGUGUAUUCUUCCCCAAAAGUCCAGAGUGAAAAAAGGGUAAUAUUUAAAUACUGUGUAAACGAAAGGAUGAUCGGGGGUCGAAGUCGUAGAGAUGGCCCAAUGAUGAGAAGCAUUGGGCAUCGAUCAAGAAUUGCAGUGGCCAUUGCAGUGGGAGUGUUCUUUGGAUGUGUUUUUGCCUUUCUGUAUCCUCAUGGCUUGUUUGUUUCGAUUCCCAGGGUUCAUUCCAGAACUUCCAUUAGGCAGCUCAACUCAUCUUCCUGUGAGUCUUCUCAAGGCAUCCAUAUGCUGAAGUUAGAAUUUGUGGCAGCUUCCGAAGAAAAUGCCAAGUUGAAAAAUCAGGUCAGGGAAUUGACAGAAAAGCUGCGUUUGGCGGAGCAAGGAGAGGAUAACGCACGGAAGCAGGUUUUGGUGUUGGGUAAGCAGCAAAAAGCUGGUCCUUUUGGGACGGUAAAGAGUUUGAGAACAAAUCCUACUGUCAUUCCUGACAAAUCUGUGAACCCAAGAUUGGCCAAAAUAUUGAAAAAACUUGCUUUGAGGCAGGAACUUAUUGUCGCCCUAGCAAAUUCAAAUGUAAAAGAUAUGUUGGAAGUUUGGUUUAGCAGCAUUAAGAAAGUUGGAAUACCCAAUUAUUUGGUGGUUGCUUUGGAUGAAGAAAUCGCCAACUUCUGUCGGCAAAAUAAUGUUCCCGUUUAUGAGAGAGAUGCAGAUGAAGGAAUUGACUCUAUUGGGAGAACAGGUGGAAAUCAUGCUGUCUCAGGGUUGAAAUUCCACAUAUUGAGGGAGUUUUUGCAGCUAGGAUACAGUGUUCUUCUUUCAGAUGUUGAUAUAGUAUACUUGCAGAACCCUUUUGACCAUCUUCAUCGUGACUCAGAUAUCGAGUCCAUGACUGAUGGCCAUGAUAACCAAACUGCUUAUGGGUAUGAUGACGUAUUUGAUGAACCUUCAAUGGGUUGGGCUCGGUACGCUCAUACAAUGAGAAUGUGGGUAUAUAAUUCCGGUUUCUUCUUCAUAAGGCCGACAAUCCCCUCAAUAGAGCUUCUGGACCGCGUUGCUGGAAGGCUUUCUCGAGUAAAGGCUUGGGACCAAGCAGUCUUCAAUGAGGAACUUUUUUUCCCUUCACAUCCUGGAUAUGAUGGACUUCAUGCCUCCAGAAGGACUCUGGACUUUUAUCUCUUCAUGAACAGUAAGGUCCUUUUCAAGACAGUCAGGAAAGAUGCAAAACUCAGGAAGUUAAAGCCAGUUAUUGUUCAUUUGAAUUAUCAUCCCGACAAGCUAGAAAGGAUGAAAGCUGUUGUAGAGUACUAUGUUAAUGGGAAACAUAAUGCCCUAGAACCCUUUCCUCUUGGUUCAGAAUGAUAAUGUUUGCUACGCUUGACUAGAUCUAAUAGAAUACUCAUUUCCUUUAUGUUUGUUUGCACAAGUUCUAAAACAUUUCUUCCUCAGGAUCUGUAUUGGUUGGUCUAAACUAUUCUCUUUGAAAUGUAACACCAUCACUUGAAUUUUACAGCAACUUCCUCACUAUAUAUGUCUAGCGUUUGGCAAUUCGAGCAUUACUCACUUUUAAGUGAUUUAUAGUUGAUAAGUUGAGUUUGAAAACAUAAGCACCCUG